CCCCCACUCGCCAACCCCUUCACUUGCCGCGACCCACACGGGAGGCUGCUAGCCCUCGGGAAGAGACAGGGGUUAGAGUGAGGUAGCUCAGAGAGCGUGGCUGCGAGAGAGAGGGAGAUAGAUAGAGAGGGAGAGUGAGAGGUAAACCCGAAUUCCUACAGGGCAAUCGGCUCCCAUCACUGACUCCCCCCCUCCUCCCCUCCCUCCCACCCUCCCUCCCUCCGCCUCCCACCCCCAGAGAUCAGAGAACAAGCAUCACUCCCACCAAUUUCCCUCCCCACCCCCCUCCCUCCCCUCCCCUCCCCUCCCCGCUCCAACAGCCCCGCACCGUUCACAAGGGAUAACCGCGUCCUCCUGCAUUAGUCAUUCAUUCGCCACACUGACAGACGCGACCGUUUGCGAAUGCAGACACACACACACACACACACACACACACACAGAAAUUAAACUUAGUGUUUCUAAUUGGACCAUGACACUUGGUGCUCCGCAGCCCGAUAUCCCGGCCUGAUUAGUCCGCCUGCUUCAGUCUCACCUGCGUUCUACCGCCUUUGACCCGCUUCCUUGGGAAUAUUUCAUUAGGAAGGAUCUCCGUGCCUCCUCUUUCCCCUCCGUUCUCCCCUUUCCCUCUCUCUCUCCCUCCCUCUAUCUCUCUCUCGCUCUCUCUCUCUCUCUUGCCCUCAUCACUUCUGUUCCCCGGUGAUUGGCGCAGCACAGUUCUCACUGUAUUUUUUUGUGUGCACUUUCUUUUUUUGGAGGAUACUUGGCCGUAAACUGCGUCUCAACAUCUUAAACGGUCCUGUUGGCUUUUGACGGCAGCUCGAAGGAGAGAGAGACAGAGAGACAGAGAGACAGAGAGGGGCAGAGAGAGAGGCAGGGAGACAGAGGUGUAAAAGAAAGCUUGUUCCCAUGUUUGGGAUCCAGGAAAAUAUACAACGAAGCGGGGGCAGCAUGAAGGAAGAGCCGAUCGGAAGCGGAAUGAACGCCGUCCGCUCCUGGAUGCAGGGAGCCGGGAUAAUGGAUGCGAACACCGCCGCUCAAAGCGGUGUCGGCCUGGCCCGGGCUCACUUCGAAAAGCAGCCGCCCUCGAAUCUGCGCAAAUCCAACUUCUUUCACUUUGUGCUGGCCCUAUACGACCGCCAAGGUCAGCCGGUGGAGAUAGAGCGGACAGCGUUCGUGGGCUUCGUGGAGAAAGAAAAAGAACUAAGUGGAGAAAAGACGAAUAAUGGGAUACAUUACAGAAUACAGUUAUUGUACAGUAACGGGAUCAGGACUGAACAAGAUUUGUACGUUCGACUCAUCGACUCGAUGACGAAACAGGCUAUCAUUUACGAGGGACAGGACAAGAAUCCUGAAAUGUGCCGAGUCCUUUUGACACAUGAAAUCAUGUGUAGUCGCUGCUGUGACAAGAAAAGUUGUGGCAACAGGAACGAGACACCGUCAGACCCAGUGAUAAUUGACAGGUUCUUCUUGAAAUUCUUUCUGAAAUGCAAUCAGAACUGUCUGAAGAAUGCAGGAAACCCCAGGGACAUGCGGAGGUUCCAGGUGGUGGUUUCCACAACGGUGAACGUGGAUGGCCACGUCCUGGCCGUUUCUGACAACAUGUUCGUCCACAACAAUUCCAAACACGGUCGGAGGGCUCGAAGGCUCGAUCCCUCUGAAGGUACGCCCUCUUAUCUGGAACAUGCCACACCUUGCAUCAAAGCCAUCAGUCCCAGUGAGGGAUGGACUACCGGUGGGGCCACAGUCAUCAUCAUCGGAGAUAAUUUCUUCGAUGGAUUACAAGUCAUAUUCGGCACCAUGCUGGUCUGGAGUGAGCUAAUCACCCCGCAUGCAAUUAGAGUGCAGACCCCUCCCCGUCAUAUCCCCGGUGUGGUGGAAGUCACAUUGUCCUACAAGUCGAAACAGUUCUGCAAAGGGACUCCGGGCCGAUUCAUCUACACAGCUCUGAAUGAACCCACCAUCGAUUAUGGCUUUCAGCGGUUGCAGAAGGUUAUUCCCAGGCAUCCGGGUGACCCAGAGCGAUUGCCAAAGGAGGUUAUACUGAAGAGAGCUGCAGAUUUGGUGGAGGCACUAUAUGGAAUGCCACAUAAUAACCAGGAAAUUAUCCUGAAGCGAGCAGCUGACAUUGCAGAGGCCCUGUACAAUGUUCCCCGUAACCACAACCAGCUCCCAGCUCUCAGCAACACAUCUGUCCACGCAGGAAUGAUGGGCGUCAAUUCCUUCAGCGGGCAACUGGCUGUCAACGUGUCUGAAUCUUCGCAAGGUGCCAAUCAGGGUUUUACUCGCAACACAAGCAGUGUGUCUCCUCAUGGAUAUGUGCCGAGCUCCACUCCACAGCAAACAAACUACAAUUCUGUGACAACAAGUAUGAAUGGAUAUGGCAAUGCGGGGAUGUCCAACCUCGGAAGUUCUCCUGGUUUUCUCAAUGGGUCUGCUGCCAAUUCGCCAUAUGCCAUAGUACCGUCCAGCCCUACUAUGGCCUCCUCCACCAGCCUUCCUUCAAAUUGUAGCAGUACCUCAGGCAUAUUCUCCUUCUCGCCAGCCAAUAUGGUGUCUGCAGUGAAACAAAAAAGCGCCUUCGCUCCGGUGGUGAGGCCACAGACCUCCCCUCCCCCGACCUGCACCAGCGCCAACGCUAACAGUCUCCAAGCUAUCUCUGGUAUGAUAGUCCCUCCAAUGUAGAUCGAUCCCAUGCCUUGAAGACUGCAUCCAUGUGCUGCCAAUUGCAAUGAAUAUCGUGCUUCGUGAGAAGAUGAGAUGCAAGUCCCACAGAUGAAUGGAACUAUUAACUCAGGCCUUUUAGAGGGGGAUUGUGUGGAGUUAAACAAUCACAAGCAACACUCUUUAAACCUUCAACCCUGCCAAUUCUGAUGAAUUGAAAGCACGGUGACAAUUUACGCACCAAUUUACAUAGAUCCCCAACAUUCAAGUGACAAAAA